AUAAGAAUUCCAUAUCGCCCUAUUGAUUCUAAACUUUGUACACUUGCAACAAAUCGUGACAAACUACCUUCUGGAAAACAGAUUCUGGCACUGACAUUAACUUACAAGUUCAAAUUGGAAGAUUCAGCUGAAGUAAAACCUCAAAUACCAUUACUUAACAACCGUGUAUAUGACACUAAAUUUGAGUCUCAAUUUUAUAUGAUUUCUGACACAAACAAGCGUAUAUAUGCAAUGGGUGAUGUCUAUCCAAAUUUUUCAAAACUUCCGAAGGGAGAAUAUAAUCUACAGCUAUAUCUAAGGCAUGACAAUGUGCAAUAUUUGGAAAAAUUAAAGCAGUUGGUGCUCUUCAUUGAAAGAAAUUUGGAAGAGAAGGUGUGUAUGCCAUGUUUCUCUUCUCUGAAUUGUGAAGUUUAA